GAAUAAUCUCACCAGAGGUCAUUCUUGCGUGCUAUGUCAGCAGCGCAAGGUCCGUUGUGACCAGCAGAAGCCCUGUGCCAAUUGUGUCAAAGCACAAAUUGAGUGCCGGGUUUUGCCCCCACAGCGUCCUAAGAGGAGAAAGAAGAAGUUGCACGAACGAGACUUGAUUGACCGGCUUAAGAGGUAUGAGGCACUUAUGUCUCAGCAUGGGAUUAGCUUCGACUCGGUCCUAGAAGGUGGGGAUGGUGUCGCGAUUCUCGAGCAUGACCGCGGUGGCUCGGGGACUGAUGCAGAAGGUAAUGCACAGAAUCAUAAAUCACAAGAGCAUGGCAAACGCUCGAGAUGGUUUCCAUAUUACAAAGAGGUUCGUUCAUGGAGUGGUUCUCUCAUUCUGAUACUUCUACAUUGCCAGACUGGUGUCUCGAUAUGAGGAUUGAACGACCAAGGAAAAAAAAAAAAAAGAAAAAACUAAAUCCAU